AUGUUCGAGUCAAGUCAAGAGCGACUCACAUCAAGCCCGAGCUAUGCACCGGAAGGGCCUUCUGACUCGUUCCCCCCAGACUUUGAGAUUAAUAUGGAUCGACAAAGGAAGCGCUCAAGGUCGAAAGGCGUCCAUCGAUCGAUGAAGGGUGCCAGUGGGGACGAGGCUCGAAGUGGAGAGUUGGGUUCGUAUAAUAGCGCCGCUUAUUUAAUAAUCGUCGGGGUGGAUGUCUCGCGUAUGAGCUUUCUACGUUGCAUCAACUGGACGCUAGAUGGUAGAUAUCAACGGCGUUUUCAGCAAGUUUUCAGCUUCAAAUUUGCCACGUUUGACAUUCGCCUGGAAUCCUCACGAUCUCGCAUUUUUCUGGCACCCCAAAGAGUCCAAUUGGCCCAGUUAGCAACUCAGAUGGUUUCCCAACGUGGCUGA